UACGGACCAAGCGCAGGUCAUAUGAUAAUGGAUAUUAUUAUACUUCUAGGACUAGAUAUUUAUAACAGCCAGCAAGCUUUGUCGCUAGUCAUAAAGGCACUUAAAAUUAGUUCAGGUGACUAAAACGAAAAAAGAAACCGCGAACGCAAUACAUAUAAUUUSUUUUUUCCAGACUUGCUAAUGCUAAUUUUCCAGACUGGGGAUAUUAAGUUUCGUAACUUAACGUCCAAUGAAAUACCGAGAAAUCAAUCAGAAUGAAAAUAUAGGGUGUUUUUCACUCUAACGGAGUGUUGAUUGUUUUUUUGCCGAAGAGUUAAGGUGUACAAUAAUCCGACUUGUAGGAAUCCUAUCAUAAACCAAUUGAGUUCUCUAUAAUGUGGUCCACUGAGCCGAAAGUUGGAAAAGCCGUCUAUCGAAUUGAAUGACUUAAAAGUAGGAAACCUCUUCAUAACAGUCACUUCAAUGACGUAAUUUCCGUAAAAAAAUGGUUUAUGAGUAUAUCGCUGACACUUGCAAUGUUUACUGGCCUUUCUCACUGAAACUUGUAUGUAWYAUGAAUAUUGCAUGAGRCAACACAAAUAAAUUGGAAAGAUAAUGUCAACGUCUGAUUAGCAUUUCCAACUGGAUUGUCGACAUGCAUGGCUGUUCCAUACUCGCCUUAGUCUUGGUUCUGAUGUACAGAUGUGCCAAAUGUGAAGCUAAGAAUUGUACAAGUGAUCCAGRCUGUGGAAAGAAUUCUAGAUGUAUUAAGAGCUAUUGCACUUGUAAAGAUGGUUUCGUAUCUUCAUCUACAGCGAAAAAAGGGACAAACUGCAUUAAAUCUUCCAAACAAGGAAACGGACUGAGUGAAGGAGAAAUAGUUGGUAUUGUCGUAGGGUUGAUAAUUGCAGUUCUUGUGUUGGCUGUUGUUUUAGCUGUUGUUUUCUACUUCAAAAUCAGCAAAAGGUAUUUCUGCUAAACCACUUGUUUGUACUAGUAGAUCUAGAAUA